UGUAAUAUUGAGAAUACAAAAUAGUAUAACAAUAACAGUGCUAUGAACAAUAUGGGUUGCCUCUCUUUAGUAGUUAUUUUAGUAGUUUGUGUCGUAGCACAUUUUGUACAUGGAACGGACACAGUUGAAGAAACAGUGAAGGCUGAUGAUGGAGAGUACGAAAUCAUUACCGGAGAUUGUAAUACAGCACUGGCGAAAGAGAUGGUAUACAGGGAACAUGUGCAGAAAACUGCAUUGCCACUUGUGUCUAGGGACGCAAAGUCGUCUUGGAGUGGCAAUGCUAGAAUAUACUGCUUGAAGGUUCUUAACCAGAAAGACGAAUCAAACGGAUCAACAUGUGCGAUAACAGAUGGUGGAAUUGGAUUUGACCACGUCACAAUAGAGAUGCAUUCAAAAGCCAACCACGGCCUAGAGUUUGAUAUUGAAAUUUAUGCUAGUUAGAUAUAUAAAUAUGUAUUAUAUGUUACUUUUAAUGCCUUAUACAUAUUAAAUAAAAAAAAUUGAAACCUUAA